CCCCUACACGCAGCUUUUCCUUCUUUGUCUCGUCUGUCGUCGCCUGAUAAGUUUUUCUUGACCACAUUCAGUCAUGCGAUGGUCAUGGUCCGUAUGAAACAAGGGCCAAUUCCCUGAGUCUCCAGGCUUCGCGCCUCGACCCGCAUCUGAACUCGAACGUCAUCCUGCUCGAUCACCAUGGGUGUGAACGGCCUUUGGACCGUCAUACAGCCAUGCGCGCGACCGACGAACCUCGCGACACUCAACCGCAAACGCCUAGCUGUCGAUGCCUCCAUCUGGAUCUACCAAUUCCUCAAGGCCGUGCGUGACAAGGAAGGAAACGCCUUGCGCAACUCCCACGUUGUAGGCUUCUUCCGCCGCAUCUGCAAGCUCCUCUGGUUUGGCAUCCAGCCAGUCUUCGUCUUCGAUGGCGGCGCCCCGGUUCUCAAGCGACAGACGAUCCUAGGCCGAAAGCGCAGACGCGAGGGUCGCCGAGAAGAUGCUGCGAGGACAGCAGGCAAGCUGCUUGCGGUGCAGAUGCUGCGCAUUGCAGAGGAGGAACAAGAUAAGAGGCGAAGGGAGAAGGAUCUCGACAUCUCUGCAAGAGAAGCGGAACAAGAGGAGGAGAUUCCGGACGUCAGCAAGCUUGUCUAUGUCGAUGAAGUGAGAAUGACAGAGAAGGAAAGACUCCAGAACAGGAAAUUCCACAAGCAAGAUGCCUACCAUCUACCCGAGUUGGAUGGUGGUGGCAUCGCGGCCAUGGGAAAGCCGGAUGAUCCCCGAAUCAUGAGCGUGGAAGAGCUGGAGGAAUACGCCAGACAGUUCCACGAUGGCGAGGAUAUCAACCUGUACGAUUUCAGCAAGAUCGACUUUGAUGGCGAAUUCUUCAAGAGCCUACCCCCUCCAGACCGAUACAAUAUCCUAAACGCCGCGAGACUGCGGAGCCGACUGAGAAUGGGCCUCAGCAAGGAACAGCUGGAUGACAUGUUUCCCGAUCGAAUGGCCUUCUCAAGGUUCCAAAUCGAGAGAGUCAAGGAGAGAAACCACCUGACCCAGCGCCUCAUGUAUGAGGUUGGCAUGACCGGUACUGAUUUGACUCUCGGUGUUAAUGCACGAGUGGCUGGUGAAAAGAACCGAGAGUACAUUCUGGUCAAGAAUGACGGCGUUGAAGGAGGAUGGGCUCUGGGUGUGGUGAGCAAGGAGAAAGAUGUUGGCGAAGCGCACAAGCCUAUCGAUGUUGAUGCAAUCCAAAUCCAAUACCAAUCCAAGGAGGAGCAGGAUGGAGAGGAUGACGAAGACUUUGAAGACGUUCCCAUCGAGGGAUUGAACCGACUGCCAAAGCCUGCACCGGCUUCUGCGGUUGGCACCCAAGAUCUCGCGGUACGGAGUCAGAAUCUCUACGCUGGCCAUCGGAACGAAUCUGCUGCAGAUGAAGAAGGCUCAUUGUUCGUUGGUGACAAUCUAGGAGACGUGAAUAGCUUGUUUGAGGCUCAGCACGAACAAACCGUUCAUCCAGAGGAAGAGGACGAACUUAACCUCGCCAUCGCCCUGUCAUUACAAAACCAGCAUGGUGUCGGCCGAGAGAUAGAGGCCGAAGAAGAAUUCGAGGAUGUCUUGAUGGAGGAACCCAAGUGGAAACAAAAAUCUGUUGAAGGGCCAAAGCCCAUCAACGCUACUGGCUCCAUGAUCGCACACAUUGUCAACAACCGAGCAAAUGCGGCCGUGCCAAAGCGUCAAGGGCGAGAAGUUACUGCCGACAGCGAUAGUGAAGAUGACAUGCAGGCGGUUAUGGCCAAGUCCAGGCGGAUAAAAAGGGCCCAACCAGCAGCGGUCAUGGAGAACAAGAAAAACCCUUUUGAUGGUCCAUUGCCUUUCCCCAAACUGGACUGGGGAUCUUCCCUUUUUGCGAAGAAGACACCUCAGAAGGGAACUGAAGUCGCGAAGGAAGGUGGGGCUCAGGAACCCCAAAACGUGAACGAUGAAAUGGCUGGCGGCUUUGAAAAGGAGUCUCAGCAUGAUGAUGGCCCAAAGCCUCUGCCACCUUGGUUGGUCGAUGGAGGUGACAUUCGCGAGUCAUUGAAGAAGCAGCAAGAGGCAGACCGAGAAAUCAACGCUGCAGAUAAACUUGCAGCGGAGGAAGACGAAAGACUUCGACGACGGGAGAUGCAAGAUCGACUGAUUGAGAUUGAUUCCUCAUCAGACGAUGGAAGUGAUAUCGAAGUCAUCGAGAUCCCACCGUCUCCAGAGAAAGCAGCCGACGAUACCCCCGUUGUCAUCGACAACGACGAGGUUGAAGCCACUGCAAGUGGGUUACUGGUGCUGGACGGCCCCCAACCUUCAUUGCCGGAGGCGGCUGAACAAGAGCCCGGGGAAUUUGGGUCAGCAGAUCCAGAAUUCGAAGAGGUGUUGCCUCCUGCUGUUUCCAGCGACGAGACCCAGUUGCCACGAACAGAAAAACAAGUCUCCCCCUCUCCCGAACCAGAGUUUGAGGAUGUUAUCACUGCCGAAGCCCCAGUGGAAGAAGCACGAAAUAGUUCAUUGCCAUCCUUCGACGAUGGUUCCAGACUGGAAUCUCCAGUCAUUACACACGGAGAAAACGAUAUUGGCAUUGAAGACGACGAGUUUGAUGAUGUUGAGUAUGAUGAGUUCAGUGACCCGGGAGAUGAGGAGCUCAUGGCACAAAUGGCUGAGGAAGCCGAGGAACAUGCUCGAUUCGCCAGUGAGCUGAACAACAAGUCUGCGGCACAGAAUAGGGAGGAUUAUGAGAAAGAGCUGAAGGCUCUUCGAAAUCAGCAAAAGAAGGACCGCCGAGAUGCCGAUGAGGUUACACAAGUCAUGAUCACGGAAUGCCAGGCUCUCCUUCGGCUGUUUGGCAUCCCCUAUAUUACUGCCCCUAUGGAAGCCGAAGCACAGUGCGCUGAGCUGGUCCAUCUGGGACUUGUUGAUGGCAUUGUGACAGAUGACUCGGAUACAUUUCUCUUUGGCGGAACUCGGGUCUACAAGAAUAUGUUCAACAGCAACAAAUUUGUUGAGUGUUACCUGGGCGUCGAUCUGGAGAAAGAAUUAUCUCUCUCCCGCGAGCAGCUCAUCUCACUCGCCCAGCUUCUCGGAUCUGAUUACACGGAAGGCCUGCCUGGUGUUGGUCCCGUUACUGCAGUUGAGAUUCUCUCCGAGUUUCCCGGUAAGUCUGGGCUCGAUGAUUUCCGCGAAUGGUGGCAGGCAGUUCAAUCUCAAAGUCGGCCUAAGGCAGCCGACGCCUCGUCAACCUUCCGAAGGAAGUUCCGCAAGUCCCAAGCCACCAAACUCUUCCUCCCGCCUGGUUUCCCUAGCCCAGCCGUCUACGAUGCGUACCUCAACCCCGAGGUCGAUGCUAGCGCUGAGCAGUUCCAAUGGGGUGUCCCGGACGUCGAAGGCUUGCGACAGUUCCUGAUGGCGACAAUUGGAUGGAGUAAGGAGCGGACGGAUGAGGUCUUGGUGCCUGUUAUCAAGGAUAUGAACACGCGGGACCGGGAGGGAACACAAAGCAAUAUUACGAGGUUCUUUGGGGGCAGUGUGGGUGCUGGCGCGAAAGAUGCAUCUGCGCCGCGACAGAAGGCGCAAGGAAGUAAGCGAAUGGCGGCAGCUGUAGACAGACUGAGGGCGAAUGUUGCAGAAGAAGGGCCGAGUACGAGCAACGCAGAUAGUGGAACGGGGAAGCGAAAACGGGUAGCGAGGACAGACACUGUGGACAAUGAUGGGGAUGGAUAUGUAGAGGAGGAGGUUGAUCAAACGGAUAAUAUUCCGACUAGAAGGUCUCGGGGUAAAGGGAAGAGGGCCAAGGGGUCAUAAUGAACUAGCCAUUGGACAAUUGAGGAAAAAAACGCGCUUGGCUCUCCUGGAUCAAACUACAUCCCAUCUUUCUUUCUCUCGCCAAGUGGAGAGAAGAUAAGGGAGGACCCUAGCCUCACUCAAAUCACCCUGAAUUGUACUAGGAUAAUUGAUCCAGAGAGUGAGAACUCAAUUCUGGAGGACCCUGGUAAUGGUGGCAAUACUACUCAUCUAUCCGACUAUGACAUAUAAAACACUGCUCUUUCUUUGUC